UCGCGAGACGUGCGUGCCUGAGUGUGGAGGAAAGAGGCGCUCCGUGGACGAGAUGGCAGAAGAACUCGCUAAACAGUUGGCCGGCUACAAAGCCCAAUUCCAGCAGGUGGAGGCCGCGCUGACCGCCGAUGGCGACAAUGAGGAUUUGCUGAAACUGAAAAAGGAUUUGACGGAAGUCAUUGAACUGACUAAAGACCUCCUCGACUCCCAACCCUCUGAAGCCCCCGAAAAUGCAGAUGGCCAAACCUCUGCCGGCGGUACCCAUGUCUGGAAAGUGGGGGAUCGUUGUAUGUCAGUUUGGGGGGAAGAUGGACAGUGGUACGAAGCCGAGAUCGAGGAGAUCGAUGAAGAGAACGGCACCGGGGCCAUCACCUUCAUGGGUUACGGAAACGCCGAAGUCACGUCUCUGCUCAACCUGAAACCCGUGGAGGAGGGAAGGAGAUCGAAGGAAAUCAGCGGCAGCCUACCCAUGUCAAAGAAAGAACUGAUUGCCCAGCAGAGGGAAUAUAAGAAGAAGAAAGCACUGAAGAAAGCUCAGAGGAUAAAAGAACUGGAGCAGGAGCGAGAGGAUCAGAAAUCGAAAUGGCAGCAGUUUAAUAACAAAGCGUAUUCCAAGAACAAGAAAGGACAGGUGAAAAGAAGUAUUUUUGCCUCUCCGGAGAGCGUCACCGGCAAGGUUGGAGUCGGCACCUGCGGCAUCGCGGACAAACCAAUGACACAGUAUCAAGACACUUCCAAAUACAACGUCCGGCACCUGAUGCCCCAGUAACACGCACCACCUUCACCUUUUUAUCCUUCUAUUUUUCUAAAACUAAAUUAUUUGUCGUCAUAUGAAGAUUAGCAUGGCUCUCUGAGGAUUCGGUUGUAAACAACAAGGAUUUGGGUAACAAACGGGCAGACUUUUGUGUUAACGCGCGUUGGGCAUU